AUGCCACAAAGGGAUAAGAGAAAAUUGUUUGCCCAACAUCAAGAAGGGGCAAGAAAGGAUAUUGAACGAGCAUUUGGAGUUCUUCAAUCCCGAUUUGCAAUCAUACGUAAUCCAGCACGAUCUUGGCACUUAGACACACUCCAACGCAUAAUGAAUACAUGCAUCAUAUUACACAACAUGAUUGUUGAAGAUGAACGUGCAACAUAUGGUGGAAAUUUUGAUUUUUCUUAUGAUCAUUUGAGUAAUGAUGCGACAAUAUUGUCGAACGAUUCUAAUAUUGAUUUUCAAGAGUUCAUGCAUAGAAGAUUUGAUAUUCGUGAUAAACAAGUUCAUCGACACCUUCAACAAGACUUGAUAGAACAUAUAUGGCAACGUUAUGGACAUGAGAAUAACAACAAUUGA